UGCUCUGGUUCCAUGGAGGUGUCUUUCUCCAGUGGAAGAGGAAGUCCUGGGCCUAUAUUAAUCAGAAGGGGACUCCUUAUGGGUACAUCUGCCUGGAGCUUCACAGCAGACCAUCUCCUCUUCUACAGAGUUCGCAAACGUCAAGACAUCUUGUGUACAUCAUGCUCCAUGCCGCUAAGCACCCGACACCCCAAAGCGGCCGUGUUAAGUUUUCCAGCUCAAACUCAGAGGAGGCUAACCCACCUGAGUAUGAGGCUUUUAAAGGCGUGAUACCAAGAGCACCAACAACACGAGCUCUCUCAGUACUGAGUGUUGAUAUGCUUGUGGCAGACAACAUGGAUGCGCACAACACCAGCAGUUACAAGAACACCAACCUCAUUGUGCGCAGGAAUAAAGAAUUCAUCAUCGUCAUCAGGUUUGACCAACCCUUCAAUAACCAGCAGGACAAUGUGCAGCUGGAGUUCAUGAUUGGCAAUUCACCUACUGAAAACAAGGGCACCUAUAUCACUGUGUACAUCGGAAAAGAGAGACGUGGUGGGCGCUGGAAGGGUCGCGUGAUUGGCACGCAAAACAAUGAUGUGACAGUGGGCAUAACACCUGAUGCCAGCUGCAUCAUUGGCCGCUUCAACACCUUUGUAACAGUAAUGACUGAUGUGGGAAAACAGCGCACUCCAAGGAACCCUGACACUGAUUUCUAUGUACUGUUCAAUCCUUGGGACCCUGCGGAUGUGGUGUAUAUGCCAAGAGAUAAUGAAAGGCAGGAGUAUGUGAUGAAUGAUGUGGGGAUCAUCUACAACGGAGAAUUCAACAACAUAGCCCCCCGUUCAUGGAACUACGGCCAGUUUGAAGAGGGGAUUCUGGAUGCCUGCCUUUUGGUUCUGGAUGCUGGGAAAGUACCUCUGCUGUACCGUGGAAAUGCCAUUGAAUUAGUUCGGCAAGGAUCAGCCCUGAUGAACUCCCAAGACGAUGAUGGUGUCCUGGUUGGCAACUGGAGUGGUGAUUACUCCAUUGGCACAUCACCCACUGCCUGGACAGGAAGUCCUGAAAUCCUGCUCAAAUAUGCCAAAGAUGGUGGUUUGCCUGUGUGCUUUGCUCAGUGCUGGGUGUAUGCCGGUGUGCUGAACACUUUUUUGCGCUGUCUUGGGAUCCCCACACGAGUCAUCACAAAUUACUCCUCUGCUCACGACAACACGGGCAACCUGAAGACAGACAUUAUACUGGAAGAAGAUGGGACAGUGAACAGAAGCCGAACGAGAGAUUCAGUCUGGAACUACCACAGCUGGAAUGAGGUGUACAUGAGGAGGCCUGAUCUGCCUGAAAAAUACUCUGGCUGGCAGGUGGUUGACAGCACCCCUCAGGAGACCAGUGAUGGUCUUUAUCGAUGUGGCCCAACGUCUGUCAUUGCCAUCAAAGAGGGAGAGCUCAGCUAUCCAUUUGAUGCAAGGUUUGUCUUUGCAGAGGUGAACAGUGAUGUGGUUUACUAUCAGUCUGAUAAGUACGGAAACUCAAAUAUCAUCUCUGUGGACACCACAAAUGUUGGAAAGCUCAUUGUCACCAAAAGGGUGAACAGUAACGACUAUGAGGACAUCACUUCUACCUACAAAUACCCAGAAGGCAGUGACCAGGAUAAGCAGGCUAUGCAGAUGGCAGAGCGUCGUGGCGUUCCUGCCAGGGAUUACACGAAACCCGCUGAAACAGGUGUGGCAAUCGAGCUCCAGGCCGACACCAUCAGAAUAGGUGAAAACUUCAAGCUGACGCUCAACAUUAAGAACCAGACCAGCCAAAAAUGCACCCUCAAUGCCACCAUCACUGGCUGUGUGGUGUACUACACUGGCGUCACCAGCUCGAUCUUUAAGCUUGAUAGCAAAACUGCAUCUGUGGAUCCCUGGAAAACCACGAAAGUGAUGAUCGAUGUCGCAGCUUCGGAGUACAUGCCCUACCGGGUGGAACAGUCCAACCUGCUCUUUGUGGUGUAUGGACGCAUUCAGGAAACCGGCACGGCCCUUACGACAACGAGAGUUGUCGCCCCCCGUCCUCCUGAUCUCACAAUUAAGGUGACUGGAGCACCCCGGGUCGGCAAGGAUUUCAUGGUCACCGUGUCUUUCCGAAAUCCCUUUAACUUCAUCCUGAAUAACGUUCAGCUGCGCCUAGAAAGCCCUGGUCUGAUUUUGACCAGACUGAAAACAUAUGCUCAGAUCGCACCUGGUGGCACAGUGCAAUAUACAGACACGAUCACCCCUUGGUCUCCUGGGAAGAAGGUGCUGAUAGCGUGUCUGGACUGCGCUACAGUGAGGCAGGUCACCAGUCAGCUGGAAAUCUUUGUGCAGUAACGGAUAACGGAUAACGGAUUGCCAUGAGGGAACCAGAGAGAAAAGAGAGAAAAAGGGUUCCCAAUACUAUAACAAUGUUGAAUUGCUUUGCUUUCUUCACAAAUAUUAUCGAAAUAAUAACAAGCUAGCGUUAAUUUUUUUCUUUACACCCAUGCCUUCCAACACUGAGUUGCUAAUAAUAUAGUGUUUUAAGCAUUUUAUGAAAAAAAAAAAAAAAAAAAAAAAAAAAAAAAAAACUCAUUUAACUGUACAAAAUACACACAAUCAAAAAUUAAGUACCGAUACAGAAUGCACAGUCAACCUCAACCUAUCUGGGAGUCUGAUACAUUCUGAUAAGCAAAGUGUGGAUGCAAGAAAUCAUGCAGUUAUUAAGAUAAGUUGUAAAUUGGGAGUGGGAGGAAGAUUGGAAAAAGCAGGGGAACCCCAUAAUAUUGGGAAUGUUGUCAGGUAUAACAAACUUAAAAUUUAAGAAAAAAAUGUGAAAGAUUUUUUGAAAUUACACAUAAAUCUAAAUUACAUGACAGUUGUUUUGGUUGGGUGCCAAAACAACAAUUAACAUGUAUUAAACGUAUUAAUUAACUGUAUUAACUGGACUGUAUUAAUCACAAUAUUUUGCAUAUUUUCUCUGCUAAAAUGCCACUGACUGUGUUUGACUAAUAUAAACUAACAAUAAACCUUCAGCAUGAAA